UCAUCAUUACAGUUAGCUUUCUGUGUAUCUGCACCCAGGAGAGGCAGGGAAAUAAUUAUCAGAAGUAAAGAAACGUUUCCUUUCUGCUUUGCCUGUCAAUGCAGCUGGAACACUUAUAAUAAUAAUUUGUAGGGUUAGUGCUUGCGUUGGCUCUGGGUGGUUUGCGAAUGGUGCGGCUGCAGAGGAACUCAGCUACUCCUGCUCAGCUGCACUUGGAGAUGGAAUAAGCGGCGAGUCUCGAGAAGCGUAUUUUUAGACAGUGACUCUGAACACUUUUUAAUAAAAACUGGCUCACGGUCCCGAUUCAAAGGAAAAGACACAAAAAUCCGAAAUGUCUGCAAUAGAGAGACAGAAAGGAAAGGUGACCAAAGACAGCGUUACGUUGCUGCCUUGCUUCUAUUUUGUGGAGCUGCCCAUCCUGGCUUCGUCAGUGGUCAGCCUGUACUUCCUGGAGCUGACGGAUGUGUUCAAGCCUGUGCGAUCCGGAUACAGCUGCAACGACCGCAGCCUGAGCAUGCCCUACAUCGAGCCGGCGCGUGAGGUCGUACCAUUCCUCAUGCUGUUCAGCCUCGCCUUCGCCGGGCCUGCGGCCACGAUUAUGAUUGGCGAGGGGAUCCUGUAUUGCUACCUGUCCAGACGGAGAAGCGGGAACGGAGCAGAGGCAAACAUUAACGCCGCCGGCUGCAACUUCAACUCCUACAUUCGACGGGCGGUCAGGUUUGUCGGCGUCCAUGUUUUCGGGCUGUGUGGCACAGCGCUCAUCACCGACAUCAUCCAGCUGUCCACGGGCUACCAUGCGCCAUACUUCCUCACCGUCUGCAAGCCCAACUACACCAACCUCAGCACCUCCUGCGACGAGAACUCUUUAAUCAUGGAGGACAUCUGCUCGGGGGGCGACAUGGCUGUCAUCAACGGGGGCAGAAAGUCGUUUCCCUCGCAGCAUGCCACGCUGGCAGCCUUUGCAGCUGUGUACAUCUCUAUGUACUUCAACGCAACUCUAACGGACGCCUCAAAGCUGCUGAAGCCUCUGCUCGUCUUCUCUUUCGUCAUCUGCGCCAUCAUCUGCGGGUUGACACGCAUCAUCCAGUUCAAGAACCACGCCAUCGAUGUCUACUGUGGCUUCCUCAUCGGGGGAGGAAUCGCCGUGUACUUAGGUCUGUAUGCCGUUGGCAACUUCCAGCCUAGCGAGGACAAACCGACCCAGCCAGCUCAACCCAGAGAGCCCCUGAGGUCACUUACCAACAUCAACCAAGAAGCAGCCCGACACUUAGUGCCCAAGAACCCCAUUGGCAGCGAUGGCCUCCCCGGCCGUCCUGAGACCCUCCUUACCCGCAACCACCGGGACGCCAACUCCCUCACCAACCUGAAGAGGGCCAGUGCCGACGUGGAGAUCAUCAGCCCCCGGAGUCCGAUGGGGAAAGAGAACAUGGUGACCUUCAGUAACACCCUGCCUAGGGUCCAUCAUACCUCGGGCAUGGAGGAGACCACCCGCCGAAACGCCAGCAUACACGCCUCCAUGGAUUCCACCCGCUCCAAGCAGCUGCUCUCGCAGUGGAAGAGCAAAAACGAGAGCCGCAAGAUGUCCUUGCAAGCGAUGGAGAUGGAACCCUCUCACUCCCCGCAGAGGAACAUGGAGCUGCGCUGCAGCUCAGAGCCAUCCCGGGUGGGUAUUAACGGGGAGCACCAGGGUCCCGGGAGCCAGUACAUGAAGAUGGCAACCAACAGCACCCCUUUGCCCAACAACACCAGUGGCAUCACCGGUGGCGCCCGGGUGUCCAUCCAGUCCCGUCCCGGUUCAUCCCAGCUGGUCCACAUUCCGGAGGAGACGCAAGAAAAUGUCAACGCAUCACCCAAAAACAGCUCUACACGCUCAAAGUGGCUCAAGGUAGCUGAAAAGAGUGGCGUCUGUAGAACUAACAGCCAGCCAAGGAUAAUGCAGGUCAUCGCCAUGUCCAAACAGCAGGGCCUGCUACAAGGCAGCCCCAAGAGCUCUGAAAGCAGCACGGUCAGCUGCACGGGAUCCAUACGAUACAAGGCCCUCACAGACCAGGAGCCCACGGGCAUCGUAAGGGUGGAGGCUCACCCCGAGAACGCCAAACCCAUCGUCCAGCCGCCAUCCACGGACGGGAGCGGCUCGUGGCGCUGGAAGUCACAUGAGCGUGCAAGCAUUCGGCAGUCGUUUGAGCUCAAUGACCUCAACAGGGACUCAGAGAGCUGUGAGUCCCUCAAGGAUAGCUACUGCUCCAGCGGUGGGAAGAGGGGCAAUCCCGAUCUCACCGGCGAGCACCCACUCCACCAUCACCAUCACCACCAAGGCAUCACCACCAUUCGGGUGACCCCGGUGGAAGGCAGCGAGGCCGCAUCCGAGACCCUCUCCAUCGCCUCCAGCCGGGACUCCACCCUUCGGAGGAAAGGCAACAUCAUCCUCCUCCCGGACCGAGGCAGUAGCCCCGACAACACCAGGAACAUCUUCUACAAACCAACUUCACCGACUCCGGUAUUCAAAGAGUGAGCGGUCCUCGCUCAAUCCCUCCUCCCCAAAUGUGUGGCCUUGAUUACUGGAGUUACUCGAGAAUAACGGAAGGAAGGACUGAUUGAAGCUCGCUGUAUUGGGGAUCUCCGUAUCUACCUGCGCUCUACGAUUCCGUCGUCCAUCGCCAUCUCCCGACAAACACUGCUUAUCCGCCCAACCUACAAGCGUGUUGGUGCAGGCAUUUCAGUUUGGGUUUUACCAUUAACACUCUAGGCCCAAGUGCCAUGUUUUACAUAAAAAUUUGCUGCACAUUAUCGGAGGGGGGAUUUCAAUUAGAGUUUGAUACUAAUGUAGUUAAUCUGCAAAGCUUUCUGAUGGUUUUUACGUGACAUUUCAUACGUAUUUUUAAUAGUUUGCUCUUUUAGCGCCUUUGUCUUAGCAUUAAUUCCUAUUUAAUGCCGAUAUUUAUGCUUGUUGCACUUACUCUAGUGACCUUUAGGUGCUUUUCAAAAAUAAUUUCAUACCAUGAGAUAAAAACAGACAGAUUUUAUAUUUUUGAAACUGUAAAUAUUUAUACGACUGGUGUUGAGGCACCAUCCUAUUCAGAUUUGCCAUUACUUAUCAUUAAUAAUUGAUAUUUAAAAAUAAAUUAAUGUUUAUGUAAAAUUUUAUGUUAUCCUUCAGUACUGCAGGAAGGAAACGAUCAAGUUUCUGAAGAACAAGUAAAAGAGGUUUUUUGUUGACUUUCUCACCGAAAACAACACAACUGCCUAAACCAGUUUCCUGUGAGAGGAUAAUGACUAAAAUGUGUAUUUAUCACCAUGUGGAAUAUUUAUGUGCAUAUUGUGAGAAGUGCUCUUGACCAAGACCAUUACCUAACCAACCUGACAAAUUUGUUCUGUUAUAAUGCACUUAGUCACUCAUACUAUAUCAGUACAUGUAAAUAGCUAGCAGCUUAACUUGUCAGUGGUUCCGCUGAUUAGUUUGUGUGCCGUAGAAGGAAGCAUCACACGCGAAAAUGAAACACUAUUUGCGGAAGGAGAACGUCCCAAAGAAAACUGUUCCAGCUACACAUUCACCUUUUUUUUACAUUAUUAUAUACCAGCUCGUUAUCAGAGCAUUAACGGCGCAAUAUCAGCGCAAAUCAAACACACAUCCCUUUAACGUAACGCACACCUUCCCUUUCAGUUUUCUUCCCACGUUUUCCAUUAGCUGGAGAGAAAUGCAGAGACCGAGCAUGCCGACUCCUUCCACGUUCUCAGUGUGGUGUCGUGAGUGACGUACCGUAACGUAGGUACCAUAGAGAAGCAUAAACUCUUGAAGUAUUAUAUGUAUUCUGCGUUCCUCUAAAAUGACUAACACAAUUAUCAUCGUGGCACAGGUUCUUAGAGCAUCAACAUGCAUAAAGUGAGUCCAGUGCUAGUGAGGCUCACGCCACCCAUUCGUCCCUCCUUCAGCAGUAAACCGUUUACCGUUGCUUACGAACUGGCAAAAUUCAAGCUAACUGGCAUUAGCUUAAAUUGUACAUACCUGUUGCUGGAAAUGUAACAAGCUGUAACUUUGAAACCUUAAACCUGUCAGUGUCCACGCAAGACAGCCAACAAUUUUCGUCCAAUUUUCACACUGAGAAGCUGGACGCAAAGUGACAAGGAAUGUAGAAAAUCACGUUUCUCUUAUUUGUGUUUCAUUAUAGAACGGUGAGCUAUAUAAACCACAUUAAAGGAUCCAUUUUUACUUCAAUUGAGAAUCUAUAUUAUUUUUGUGCUUUUUUUAAAUUCACUUUUAACUUUAGUGAUAUAAUGAUGUAAUUAUAUUUUGAUAGAGUGUAUAUGUGCCAAAGGGUUUACUAAAGACAAAAUACUGUAACUGAGGUUUUAUAUAUGCCUGCAUUCUGAUAUCUACCAUGAUCAUAUAACUGCACGGUCAUUUGAUAUUUAACAAAAGGCACAUUUUUUGUAAAUUAUAACAUUAAUAGGCAUUGGCUGGUACCUUAAUUUAUACUUACAAUGGAAUCAGUUUAACAGCUGUUUAAACUUUUUACUACUGCUAAUAUUAUUUACAAGUCUGGCAGAAAAGGAGAACAAAAAUGGAAAAAUUCACAUGGAGUCGUAGGAGGAAGAUAAAUGCAUGAAAAAGGAACUAUUUGUAGAUAUACUUCUAUAUAAUGUAGGGCAUCAUUCAGUGGUACUUUGCCAAUGAACAUCUACAUAAUGUUAGCUUUUGUUGGCUGGUGUUUUGAAACAAUCAAUGGCUCUGUAAAGUGCUUCAGCGACACAACCUUGUGAACGCGUCCACCACAUGAACCCCGGAACCUUCCGCAGAUGCUCCGGAUAGCUCACCAUGAGAAUUUUGGGGUUGACGUGAGGAGAAUUGUGUAUUGUCUGAAUAUUUGAAAUAAAUGUUUGCUAUUGAAA